AUGCAACUGGCCGAUAUCUUCAUCAACUUUGAAGAAGGCCUUUACCAGCAAGGUGUCAAGACACCUGGUGGAUGGAAAGGAUGGCGGAAGUUCUUCAUUGCCAACAAGAAAAUCGAAAGUGACGAAAUCAUUUUUCUUCCAUCUGGUUCUGGUCGUCAAGGACCAACUGCCGACGUACAAGCCAGUAUAUCUGAUUCACCAACGCCCAACCACUUCCGGAUCUCGGUGAAGAGAGAAUUCGCGACUGGACCUAAACCAGCCGGUCGCGUCUCGAAUGUACUCUACGAGUCGUUACCCAUUGGUGCAGAGUUGGACGUCAGCAUGCCAUUCGGCGACUUUGUCCUUUACAUCAACGCCACGACGCCGGCAGUGCUGAUCAGUGGGGGUGUUGGAUUGACGACCAUGAUGUCCAUGUUGAAAACCAUUGUCAACCAACAAGGCAACGCCCGCAAAGUGGUAUUCAUCCACGCUACUCGGAAUGGCUACGUCCACGCUAUGAAGGAGGGCCUGUUUCACAUCAUUGCUGAGAACCCCUCAGUUAGUCGCGUGGUAUUCUACGAAGAAGCAUCUGCGCAGGACAAGAAAGGCGUGGACUAUGUUCACGUAGGCGGUGUGAACUUGGCUGAAAUUAAAAACGAUGCCGUCUUGCCCGAUGCAGACUACUACAUUUGUGGGCCGCAGCCGUUCAUGAAGGCCCAGAGUAAGAGUCUGGAAAAUUUGGGUGUCUCGCCAGACCGAAUCCACAUGGAAGUAUUCGGUUCUCCUUCCGAUUAA